AUGAGCUUCCAGGACCUGGAGGCGGGCCACGUCCGCGGGGCGCCUCUCGGCGGCGGCCGGAGGAACGGCCGGGGCGCCGCGGGGGAGGGCGUAGCCGGCGCCGGCGCGUCGCAGGCCGUGGCGUCGGGCGUCUUCCAGAUCAACACCGCGGUCGCCACGUUCCAGCGCCUCGUCAACACGCUCGGCACGCCCAAGGACACCCCCGACCUCCGCGACAGGAUCUACAUCUCAAGUGAAGUGAAUAAUGGCGCUGAUAAGUUGGCAGAGCAGCGCACGCAGCUUCUAGAAUCUAGAAGGCAGGAGUUGGUCUUCUUGGAUAAUGAAAUUGUGUUCAAUGAGGCCAUCAUUGAGGAGAGGGAUCAGGGAAUACAAGAGAUUCAGCACCAAAUCACUGAAGUAAACGAAAUCUUCAAAGAUCUUGCUGUGCUAGUCCAUGAUCAAGGAGCAAUGAUAGAUGACAUUGACUCCCAUAUAGAGAAUGCCGUUGUAGCGACUUCACAGGCUAAAGGCCAGCUUUCAAAAGCUGCUAAAACUCAGAAGUCGAACUCUUCGCUGAUAUGCUUGUUGCUGGUUAUUUUCAGAGUGGUCCUGCUCAUAGUGAUAAUACCAGGAAUGAAUCCUGGCAUCCGCCCGGAGGUAUCCAGACGGCGAUUGGCGCUCUGCCUGUGGUAUAGUGGUGUGUAUCUGGAAUGCAUGGGUGGUUUUACAUAA